AUGCCUCCUCGCCGCCGCGUCCCCGCCGGGGCGGUGAUCCUUUUCGUCGUCGUCGCUGUUCUCCUCGCCAUCGACGGAGCCGACGCCUGGGGCUAUAGGCGGGGCAGCCAGGCGUCCCGCUUCCUCGCGUCGCACAACGCGGCGCGCCGAGCCGUCGGCGUGCGGCCGCUAGCGUGGGACGCCGGGCUGGAGCGGCAUGCGCGCAGGUACGCUCUGGAGCGUGCGCGCGCCGGCUGCGCCCUCGUGCACUCGCACGGCCCGUUCGGGGAGAACCUGUUCCGCGGCAGCGGCGUGGGCGGCGGCGGCGGGUGGACGCCGGAGGCGGUGGUUGCGGCGUGGGUGGUGAAGGAGCGCGCCAUGUACAGCGUCCAGUCCAACUCAUGCCGCGGCCCUCGGGGGGCGUGCGGGCACUACACGCAGAUCGUGUGGCGGGGCACCACCAAGGUCGGCUGCGCCAUGGCCACCUGCGCCGGCGGCCGCGGCACGUUCGCGGUCUGCGUGUAUAACCCGCCCGGUAACUACGCCGGCAUGAAGCCCUACUAG